UCGCCUUAUUGCCAUACUGCAUAAUUCCCACGGCUUAUUCCCCAGGAUCACCAGAGAAGAUCAUCGUCUCUCCCUCCCAGUCAAUCUAAUACCAUAAUCCUAUUCUUGUCUCCCCAACCGCCUCCGCCUCCGUGUCUCAAAAUGGCCGACUCCCGCUACAUGACCCUCUCGGACCCCUCCUCCCUCCUCAAAAUCUCCAACGACACAUUCCAAUACCUGCAAUCCGCGCUCGAAGACAUCGUCGCCAGCUACCCCCCUCGCUCGCGCUACUCGCACGAGCACCUCCAAGGCUUAUGGAGCGGGCCGACGGGCAUCGCCCUCUUGAUGCUCCAGAUCUCCGCCCGGCAACCGAACUUGCUGGUUAGCGGCCAGACUCCCCAUCACUGGGCGAAGGCUUACAUCUCGGGGUCGCGCGGACACAACCUCCGUCUUGGUUCGCGUGGAUGCGGUAUUCAUGAUGAGAAGCUAGCCUUCGAGGCUGUGCGCGCGUGCAUCUUUCCCGAGGAUACGGCGCAUGUUAGGACCUUCGUGUCGUGUGUGAGCCAAAUUCUGGAGGUGGAGGAGUACCCGGAUGAGAUCCUCUACGGCCGAGCAGGCACACUAUAUCUCCUGAGACUGGUGCGGCAUUGGGUUCCUGGCAGUAACUCGCUUGUUGACCCGGCUAUUGCUGAGAUCACGAAUACCAUUCUGAACAGAGGCCCGAAGUGGACGUGGCAUGACAAGCGCUAUCUUGGUGCUGUUCAUGGCGACAUUGGCAUCCUUACCCAGGUCGUCUUGACGUCGCCCGAGACCGCUCCGCAACUGGAAUCGGUUCUUGACAGGCUGCUGAGGUUACAGCAUCCUGCUGGCAACUGGCCUAGCUCGGAACAUCAUGCUCAUACUGGCAAGGGCUUGGUGCAGUUCUGUCAUGGCGCCCCGGGUUUCGUUGUGUCGCUGCUGUCGUUGCGCGAACACUUCCCUGCGCUUGAAGAGAAGAUCGAUGCGGCUAUUAGGCUAGGUCGCCAGUGUAUAUGGGUGGAGGGUCUGUUGAAGAAGGAGCCUAGCUUGUGUCAUGGCAUCUUUGGGAAUGCCUUAGCACUACCAAAAGGUUCCCAGCGCGAACACUUCCUCGCCGUCGCCACACCCGAGAACGUCGCCAACAUGAAAAGAUCCGAUCAUACAGGUACCAUCUUCGAACGAGCCGACUACGGCCGACCGUACUCUACCACAACGAGCUACACACCUAGCGCGGCAUGGUCAUGGCUAGUAUGCGACGAUGAGCAUCCCAAGAUGCUGGGAUACAAUGAUAUCUAGAUGUUGACCCUCGGGAAUGACUAUCAAGUCGCACUCUGCAGACAAGAGAAUGAGAUCCGCAACAUAUUUGGACAGGGACAUGAUAGGUAACGACGAAAUGAAGCAAAGCUCUUAUCAAAAAACUUG